CGCCGACAGCAGUCCGAGACACAGGUGCGCCGCUCCCAGAUGCCGGACCACGAGCAGGAAGCCGACCCGGAAGGACCCGGAUGCUGCUCGUACGUCCUGACACUCUUCUCUUUUCUCCUCAUCAUAUGCACACUGCCCUUCUCGCUAUGCUUCUGUGUCAAGGUGGUGCAGGAGUACGAGCGGGCUGUGAUCUUUCGGCUGGGUCGACUCCUGCAAGGCGGCGCCAAGGGACCCGGCAUCUUCUUCGUGGCCCCGUGCAUUGACACCUUCAGGAACGUGGACCUACGUACCGUUUCGUACGACGUUCCACCUCAGGAGAUUCUCAGCAAGGACAGCGUCACGGUGUCCGUGGCCGCCGUCAUCUACUUCCGGGUCAUCGACCCCGUGAUGGCGGUCACCUGCAUCGACCAUUACAGCCACUCCACCCGCCUGCUGGCCGCCACCACGCUCCGCAACGUCCUCGGCACCAAGUCGCUGGCCGACCUGCUGGCCGAGCGCGAGGCCAUCUCGCACCAGAUGCACUCGACGCUGGACGAGGCUACCGACCCGUGGGGCGUCAAAGUGGAGCGGGUUGAGAUCAAGGACGUGCGCCUGCCGCUGCAGCUGCAGCGCGCCAUGGCCGCCGAGGCCGAGGCGGCCCGCGUGGCGCGUGCCAAGUUUAUUGCCGCCGAGGGUGAGCACAGAGCGUCGCGCGCACUCCGAGAGGCGGCCGACGUUCUCGACGAGAGUCCCAGCGCCUUGCAGCUUCGCUAUCUGCAGACCUUGAACACCAUAUCGGCCGAAAAGAAUUCAACAAUAAUCUUUCCACUGCCAAUCGAUGUUCUUCAGCAUUUCAUGAAGAAAUAAGCCGACGUCGAUCGGUUCUUCCCCAUCUACGGAAGGACGCCAAGUGGUUAAGAAACCUACCGCCUGGUGGCGCAACGCUUCGGUUGCCGCUUUUCAAGGUGGCAGCACUGUUGUCUGCUCUUGCUCACGUUCGUCUGUAAACUGUAUGUCGAGCGUGUUGAAGGUGUGGUGUCAUUGUAAUGUUGAACCUAGCGCAACUGGUCUCAUCUUACGCUCAUUUAAUUAUGAAAGCUUGAUUGCUCUACUAAUGUCAUGCCAGAGCACAUGUGGGACUCUAAUAAGAAUCAUUUAGCUGCAAAUGUUACAGCAGCAACUGAUCCUGACAGUCCGCUUGCAGCGCUACUCAGUGACAACACUGAGACGAAUCUCAGUGAAAUUCAUGGACUACGUCCUGCACAAAAUGUGUAGUGUUCGCUGAGGCAGACCUACAUGACUACUCUACACUACUUGGCCCUGGCCAUCAUUGGCUACUUGGCCUAUACGUGCGUAAAGUGGCGCCCUUUUUUGUCAAACACGCCGUUACGUCCCCUGAGCAUCACGGUCUGAUGACUUGGUAAUUGUGCGUCUGCCUUUACUGGACUUUUUCUACUGAUGAGGGGUGCACCGUGCUGUACACUGCUCGAAUCCAACAUCAUCAUUCACACCAUCAUUUAAAACUAGACCCUCCUUCCGUAAUCUCUUGCCCCGAACUGGGCGCUAUAACAAUUAUUAGAAGGAGGCUUUUCGCCCGUCCCCCAACACGCCAGUAAGUCAUCGAGUAUAGCGUGACAAUAUGAUAAAUAAAACGUCUUCAGUGUUGAUAGCAAAAUAAGAUAACAUUUGUAUCGACAAGACAUUACUUUGAUCGGUAAACCGCAUUGCAGCAUGAAGGAUGGAAAUAAUAUUAUUUCUGUAUUCCCGACAAUUAACGAUGAACAAUAUUGCUUGCAAAUCAACAAUAGAGCCAUAACUCACUGUUCUUAUCGAAAAAGCCAUCAGCAGACCUUGGAUCACGAAGUUACUGUUCUUAACGUGUUCUCAAAACUUAAUUUGCCUUUGAAGGCGACGUAAAAUUCAUUGCAACUUCAAAAUUGCUAAGAAGUGUGUAAUUUGCCCGUGAAUCAUAUACCGAUAUCUUCAUUCUGUGUCGAAUCGUGCUUUCUUGUAAUUUGUUAGUUAGCCAUCGUCUUUGUUUUUGCAUUCAAUGUAAAGCAUUUAAGUUGCUCCGAGGGCCACGGGAGAACGCUUGGCCAUGGGCUGCGUGAUUGCGGUUUUAUUUUUUUGCGUGAAUAAGUGCUUUGCUGUCACCAAAAGCUCCAGCGAAACAUUGUGGCUUCGGUAGUGUGUAGUUUUGUGUCAUUCUAGUUAACUUUUAUUGAGGGACAGUUUUCCAAAGGCACCCUCGCUCGGCGACCUCUCCGAAAUGCCCCUGGGCCAGUCGUAUCUGACCCUUGCCGUCGAUGUUCCUGCACAUGGUUGCGCCUGACUCGGCCAAGCCCACAAAUCGGCCGUUUGCAUGCGGGGCGAGCAAUCGCUGCUAAGCGCUGCCGCGUUAUUGUUGCUCUCACGAUGUCUCCCUUCAGAGGGCACCGACUGGAACGCUCAUCCCCGUCUCAUUGAGGAUGGGCAUCUGAACGCUGUGUCACUGCACACUCAAGGCACACGAAAGCCGCUUUAACUAACGCUCGGAAAGUUGCGAACAAACUGACAUGAAAUGUAGCGAAACUUAAGUUAGUUUAGUUUAAACCAUGCAAUAACUGGGUCUGCAAAUAUUUAUUUCACUUUGAAAUUAGCUCUUGUUGAAGAGAAUGUUGCAUGCCGUCUUAAACUGUGACAUUAACGCUACAACGAUUAUCGUGGUCGUAACCUUUUGGUUAUGUUUGACAAACUCUACGUCGUUAACACACUCAAUCUGCCUCUCAAUUCAUGCUUUCGGCCGGUAUCUGAAGGGCACAAGAUUCUGUAGAGUUAGGCGCCCGAAGGGUGGAUGCUAUAUGACACCCCGGAGCAAGUGAAGCUGCUAAGCCGGCGUAGCCGACAUGACACAUUUAUGACUCUGACUAUGGCGACGGAAAUACAUCUAUCGCUCCUUUCUCCUGGUUAUUCGACGAGGAAUAAGGCAAAAACUGCUGGCCUAUAACAUGUAAAUAUGAGAGGUUUGUUACAACAUUUGCACCCGGCCCGCCAAUAUAUUCGUCAUAAGCACUGGAUUUUGGUACAAGCUCUCAGCCAUAGUCGGUUUUCACCAUGCAGUUGAUGUGUAAAAUGCGCAGCUAGGAGGACAGGGUGGUUAACUGCACCAAAUGAUCUUCAAUAUGGCUAUUUCAGUGCGAAACUCCGUACAAACAUGGAACACUAUUUAAAUCGCUUUCGUAUCUUGUUUCCAGUAGCCAGCAGUCUCUCUUCCUCAUAUGUUAGCACGCGAAUCACACUGGGUUGUUGUUAGUUAUGUAUAGACGUCCAAUCGGCUUCAUCUUUUUCAAAUCGCCAUCAUUCAAAUUAACAUCAGCAGGCGUUUGAACCAUGCUAAUCUCAUGUUCUUAAGAAAAAAAACAUUAGUAUCCAUCAUUUCAACUGAUCACGCCCGUGGUUUUUUGCUAGCUAUAUGCGUUUGAUUGUAUGACCCUUGUUGCUCCAUGCAAAGCCAAAAAACUUAGCUUCGAUUUGCUUCAUGUGUCAAACAUACGAAACACACAUUGACAGUGGCAUGAACAGGUGAACUAGCUUUGUAGUAGCAAUGCUUCAAGAAUAUAUGUUUUUCCGACAAUGGUAAGAUUUGACCUUUUUCACUUUUCUUUAUCUCGUCGAAUUGAAGGUAUUUUAAGCUGAAUUUUCCGCUCCAUUAUCGUACUGGUCUUAAAGCUCAGGCCCGGCCAACGUAACAGCUCACAGCCAUCACAUCCCUGCAUCGUCACAUCCCUGCAUCGCAUCCCUUAGGCCGUCACAUCCCUGUAUCACAUCCAUCAGGGCAUCACAUCCCUGUAUCACAUCUCUAAUGCCGUCACAUCGCUGCAUCGCAUCCCUUAGGCCGUCACAUCCCUGUAUCGCAUCCCUCAGGCCGUCACUUCCCUGCAUCGCAUCCCUUAGGCCGUCACAUUCCUGCAUCACAUCCCUGUAUCACA